UCGGUGACGGUCGCGUAUAUUAUUUCCGUUGUUCUCUCCAAAAACUAACAUCAGAAAACAAAAUAAUAAUAAUACUCAAAAUAAUCGAUGUUUCGUGUGUUACGAAUGGUAAUCAGCCGAAUUUCAAGGACGAUCAUCGGCAUAUUUCGGGAUGAAAUCAGCACUGUUGCUGCUGGAAAUAAAAAAAUAUAAAUAAAUAAAUGAAACAACCAGCUUUAGUGCCUUAAUUAGUGCCAGUGACGAGGGUCUUUUAGCGUGCGGUGAUUAUCCUAAUUAUACCGUGGCUGUCUGCAUUAGCAAAGUGAGGAAGCAGCUAAACACCUGACUCAUGGAUGUGGUGUUUCUUUUAAAAUGUAGAUCCACAGGCUCAUGCGUGCGUGCGGUUGGAAGGAGCACUGUGUUAAGAGCUUGUUCCUCUGACGACAUUCGACAAGGAGUAAAGAAUUAUUAAUGUUGGACUGACCAAUGAAAAAAUGUUCACGACAUUCACAGUGGAACCGUUGAUGCCGAAGAUUACGCAGUGAUUUAUCAGAGUGGUAAUACAACGGCAGGGAUUGUUCCUUUGGCGUGAUUUUUGACAGUUUUCGACACAUAGUGGAGGUGGACGUGCCCAAGUGGUACCCAUUGGGACCAGAUAAACCAACAGAGUGUGAAGAUCGUGCGUGUCCAAACCCGAUAGUGGUCGAUUAGCUUGAUACAAAGUGGCCAAUUAUGCAAAUGAUGAUGCACAUGUGAUUCUGGCGUUUUGGCGCGCCUCCGUUGUCGUCCCGUGAGUGAGUGUGUGGAAGUGCUCCCCUGCAACUUUCACAACAUUUUCUCGUUUCGAUUGUUAUUUUGUUUUGUUUCGGACGUUUUCUGGUCAAGUUUAGCCAUGCAGCAGCGUGGUCGUGGUCGUUAGUAUAAAUAAUUAAUUAAGUAGGAGUGGAAAUCGGACCGCUGGCCGCGAAGGGGAGAGGCGGUUCCUAACAACCGAACAACACAAGAUGUUGGAAAGUGUUUUUUCGUGGCCGCGUGUGGUAGUUAAAUUCACCUAAUAGCUUGUCUAACUUUUGCUUUCGAUAUGUGCCUUUCGGGGGGUACUGAACCAGCAAACUAUUAACGCAAAUGGAUACAGCUAAACUCGAAUGCCCUGCGGCAAGCGAUGAAAUGUGACCAGAAGUGUGAUUUCGUAAUGCUUAAUUGGUGAAUCGGAAACAACGGGGUUUGGAAGGUUAUCAGCUCGGUCAUAUUCGAGCACUCAACGCGAGAGGAUUAAGAACUCGAAGCCGUCUGACCUACAGAAGGUUGUAUUUGGGGCAGAAAUAAGCUCCAGGCGGGUACCUUACGUCGGACUGUGGAUUAUCGACAAUAAAUAGUGUGACACCUUGGUGAGGCGCCAAAGUCUGCCGAUAUUUCUUGGCGGUGGCGAAGAACGACGGUUGCAGUGUUAGGGCAAAGCAGCAACGGCACGAGAGAGGGAAACGACCAAAAGGGCAAUUGCAGUGGCGUGGCAAAAGGCUAUCCGGGGCUAAUAACUAAUCAACAGACAUGUACUUGGUUCAGACUGUUCAAACGGCAUCGUCCUGGAGGCCCCAGCUGCCCCUACCGAAGGACAUAACCUUGCAUGUGCAGCAGCAGCAACAGAAGCAGGACAUGGAAAAGUCCUCGAAGAAGGACAAACAGGAGAGAAAAUGGUCGAUAGGGAAUCUGUUCCGUCGGAAGCAGAAGAAGGACCAGCAGCAACAGCAGGAGUAUGACUCGAGCUCCGAGGAGGAUCGUAAGGCCGGUUUUCUACCGCUAAAAGCUAACCGAACCCAGGCGGUGGUCAGCCAGGGUACACUCAAUGGGAAGCGCAAGAAGCGCUCGAGCAAGUUGCAGGGUACUUUUGAUCACAUUGUGGUCAGUCCCAACCAGGGGAACACGUAUGGAUUCAGAGAAAGUGAUAGCGUGAAUUCGAUCGAUAAAUAUGUAGUUUCUAUGGGCACCGGAUCGCUGGAUAGGAAAUCUCGGAAGGAUCACGGGAAACCGAAAGAAGCUGGGGAUUCAUCGAGCGACGAAGAAUCGCUUCGGUCUUCUUCAAUGUCCAGGUUUAGGAGUGACGACAGUUUGGGGAAUCACAGUGGAAGUUCGAAUCGGAAAUCGCGAACCGCAAGGACGGAGCGAUACUUGAAGAGAAUGUCGAAGGACGAAGAAGGUAGUCCGGUAAACAGAUGGCACACACAGCCGGUUCCGGCGAGUAUGGUUCACGGAAGUAUACAAUCAAUGGAUAAUGCCCACCGAAGGGUACAUGUCCAUUCGGCACAACAGGGUCUGAAAAAUUCAUCUAGUCUCACCAAUGUGCCUCAUCUUUUUCAUCCUCACAAUCCAUAUACUCAACAGCAGAUCUAUCAGAUGAAUCCCUCUGCCACAUAUGAGAACAGUUUUUACAUCCAGAGCAAAGCAGAUUCUAUGCGGGAAGCAAUUCGAAGCCCACCACCGGUGCCACCCAGAGAUCCCCGUAGGCUAACAAUUGGACAUCCGAACGACGUUCGCCCGAUUUCGUAUACCUUCGAUCGGUAUCAGAUGCAAAUGCAGCCGAAUGGAAACAUCUGGCAGCCAAACGGCAAGUGUGUCAGCGACGAUCGUCUCUGGGGUACAAACGUCAUCGCGAAACAGCAAAUAUCUCCCGCACCGAACUACAUAAAUCCACACGCCAGCACGCCACCAAGACCGGCUUCGGUUCAACCAGAACCAGCUCAGAAACGUUAUAUUUCACGUCACCCCCAACAGUCUCCAUCCACGCCGGAUCAACGUUAUGUCAUAGUUUCGCACCAUCAACAUCACCAACCACAACAACAGCAUCAACAGCACCAACAUGCACAACAUCAGCAACAGAGUCACCCACAACCACAACAACAGCAACCCAAAAGGCCGGGCGAGUACCGCUACGUAACCGACGUGACCCCAAGAUCGCGGAAACCGAUCCAAAUCCAGGAUCGCACCUUCGAGCCGUAUCAGCCGCAAUCCACGGCGACUCAACGUACGCCAACCCAAUCCAGCCAGCCAUCAUCAACGACUGUCUACAUUCGUACGCGCCCACUCAAACCGGCAGCAAGCCCCGUAGAACAGGUUCAGCUGCAAUCGGAGGCUCAGGUCUUUUGGCGUGGAACUGACGAUGGGCAGAGCGCACCGCACGUCCGACGACACCGAACUUCCGCUGACCGUCGGCAACAAGUUCCCGACUCGAGCAACCGCUCCAUGUCCACAUCCCGUACGCUGGAGAUCAAGAACCGCCGGAAUCAGGAGCUGACAAGUGAGCUCAGUAACCUCCUCGAUACCGGUGGUAAGCCGGAGAAACAAGAAGACGUAACCAGGGGACGACUGUACUCGCGACAGCCAGGACAGGAAGCCAAGGAGAAAAAACCCGCCACCAAGGAGAAGUCACGAUCACCAACGGCGAACAAAUACGAAGAGUACGUAGCCAAAACGAUCGCCCACUCGACGCAGUCUGCCCCCGUUCCGACUUCUACCUACAGAAGAACUAGCUCGGAGCGUGAGACGAAAACUCCCACCAAUUUGGGUCACGCGAAGUUCCCUCCUCCACCACCGCCACCAACGCGAGGUAUUUCCCGGAGGCACUCAUACUCCGAGGAUGAGGUUGCUAAGAAGAAGAAAUCAGCGAACUUGGAGGAGGCCAUCAAUGAACUGGAAGCCAUCUACAAGAGCUUGCGUUUGAGUGACGAAGAUCUCCUCGAUCGAGCCGAGCUACGGGACGUUCCAACGCCAACGAUUUUUAGCGAACAAACGAAGGCUGUCUCUGAAGAGUACGAUGAUGACGAGGAGGAACGCCGCAACUCCGAGCCGGACAUCCAGCUGGAUGAUUUAUCCUUCCGCAGCAUCAAACGAGCGAACGAAACGAUCAAGGCGCUGGAUGUGCAACCUCCGUUCGGUAUUCCGCUCGGGCCGAUUCCACCUCCACCAAAUAGCGACUACCUGAGCGUGCAGACGGCGAAACCUAGCAAGCCACGGUUCACACCGAAGCGAUCACCCGAUUUGGUUGCGGAUGAUCUGGCCUACCGCCAGCUGCGCAGGGAUAAGGAACUCCAGCAGAGUUUGGAUCGGGUCAACUAUGUUGCUGGCGCGGGAUCGGAGAGCGGUUCGGAGAAAGCCGCCUCCAGUGUUGUGGAGGAUAUCCGGAAGAAACGCAACAGUCACAAGCUGUCCUCGAACACGCUUUCGUCCAAUAUCUACAAUCUGAUUCAGAGGGACGCGGCGAAACCUUCGGGUGGGAAUCUGAAGGAUUACUAUCAGAUCGAGGUGAUUAGCAAUAGUUUGACCCGGAUGGGAACCAAGGAGGAGGCGGAUGUGGCUUCGGGCUUGGUUGUGGUACCGAAGGGUAAGCACCCGAAGUCACCGAAGAAGACGUCGGAGCACCGGCCGAAGAGCGGUUCACCGAAGUUGACCGGCGGAGCCGUGUUCAAUUUACCCUCGACGUUAAAGUCGAGUUCGCCGAAGGCGGAUGGCACGCAGAAGGCCAAAACAAGCCCCAUAAUUGUGGGCGCCAAGCACAAAGCCGAAUUCGAGGACAUAUUGAAUGCGAUCGCGCAGGAAGCGAAAAGCACAAGCGAGAAACUGGGGAUGGAUUUGGCGGAGCUGCGCAAGGAGACCAAGUCGGUUUCGAACGGGACGAGUCCGGAGACGAAGCCCAAGAGUAAGGUGAUCGCGCCGAUGGAAUCUUCUCCGGCGGGGAGUGCGACAAGGAAGUCGUCGAGGGCCAGUGAGGAGCAGAACGCUGGGGAGGUGGCGGAGACGGCGAAGUAUUGCCAGGAAAUGCUGAAAAAUGCGGUUGUCGAGGUGCCCAAGUUCGACAAGGAGCGACUUGUCGGGGAUAUCGAGGAUACUUCCAACGCGGCCAUGUUGUGCCAUGGAAUGAUCAACCGGGUCCUGAUGGUACAGCAGCUGGCUCCGGCUAGCGAGGCGCCGGAAAAAUCGGUGCUGUCGCAUCUGAUCAAAGAACUGACACCGGAAGAAGACGGAAGUGAGUCGACAUUCAGUACACUGUCGAGACGUUGCCAGGAACAGCUGAUCGAGUUGGAGGAGAUCAGGGAGGAGGAAAAGUCGGCGAUCGACAGGGAUUACGCGAGUCUUGUGGAAAGUAUUAAACCGUUGGAGUCCGAUUCGGAUAAAAAAUCAACCGAAGAGGAGAUCGAUUUGAUAAUGAAGGAAUGUGGCAUCGAAUGUGAUGAUGUUCGGGAUACCAUUCCUCCGGCACCAGCGCGUCAACCGGGAAACGUAAGACUGCUGGAGGUUCCGAAAAGUAGCAAGGAGUCCAGUCUGGAGUUGAGUGAUGCGCAGGGUCCCUUCUCAACGGCCAGCGAUCGUAAGUCUUCCAGCGAGACGGAACAGUUCCCAAAAUCUUCCGACAAUUUGCUCUCAUCGAGCGAUUGUCUCAAGUCCACUAGCGACCAGCGAAAGUCGAAUUCUUCCACUGCGAGCUCAACCACCACCGCUCCUCCAGUGGUAGAAUCGACGCUCGCCGAGGUUAUACCUGUCCCUGCAAGAUCUGCUGCACGGAUGGUUACGUCCCCACCGUCGGACGCCGAGUCCCAGUACAACUCGUCCGAGGAGCUGGCGAUGAUUUUCGGCAUCAAGAGUCCAACACCGACAGAUAACAAACCAUUCGUCAACACCGCCAUCCUAGAGCUGGAGAAGAAGCUUUCAUCCGUCACUGCCAACAUAAGCUGCCAAACUCGACACACUUCUAGUUAUCAGCCAGGUUUUCAACAGCCUUUGCAACCGCAACUCUAUCCACAAAACAAUCAAUUUCAGUCACAUAAAUCAAUUGCCAGCACCAGCAGAAGUCGUCAACAGCAUCAGUAUCAUCAUCCGCCAUCACUGCAUCCAUCGUCAAGAGACGUUGAGAACUGCUACCUCAGCGUAUCCGAGCAUAGCCAAACACAACCUCAACCCUCGAGCUCGAGUCUCGCCAGCAUCCUGCAGGUGAUCCGUGCAGAACGAGAAUCUGCCGAAAAACAACGACAACUCUUCGUUCGCUCGACAAGUCUCGAUCGUUUCUCCUCACCGACUGUUGUACCUCCACAACAUAAAUCAACCACCAAAGCCGUGAGCAGUCGUAAGGUCCAACGCCAUCCACCAGUGUCCUUCCCGAAGAAGCCUCUAGUCACUCAACGGCUUCCUGGAUCGCCACCAUCGCCAAGCAUCGAUUCCUCGUAUUCACCUUCAUCUUCCAAUAGCCACAACUACAGCCAUUAUCAACAGCAGCAGCAACAUCAGCCUCCAACUCCAUCAGCUUUCGUCGUUGCUUCCGGGCAGCAGCCCAUACGGAGGCCAUCGCAUAAGUCGUCGCUAAAGCGGAAUGACACAUUCCUCAAGACUCGCUCGAAAACUAUCGCAGACUUUUUCGGCACAGACUCCACACCCAUCAGCCGCCUGUUGAACAUAAUAUGUCAGGAGAAGGAGGCGGAAAAGGCACAAGCGAUCAUGAGUAGCACCACCCGUGGUAAGUCCAAUAGCAACAGCAACAACAGAUCCACCACCGCCGGAAGGGAUGGCGUGCUGUCGAAGGUGUUCAACGUGUCGGCUAGCUCUUCAUCGGCCAGCACUUCAUCAUCGUCGUCGUCGUCUGGAACCCGGGCGGUUAGAUCACGCAAAGAGAACGUCAUCCCGGUGGCCCAAACUAACUCGUCCUCCUCGGUGAACUCCGGCAGUGGUGGCGGCGGGGCUGGGGCGCAGCUGUUCGCCACCAAGGACAUAGAUAGGAUAGCGAAAUACAAGGCUGACCGACGAAAACCUAUUUAUUUAAGGAACACUGUCCAAGAAAACGAAAAUGAAAGACUGGAACAUAAGAAGAGAUUAUCGCCUAGACCAGCAAUCAAUAAUCCCUCAUCAAGUGCAAUUCAUAGUAAAUCACCUUCAAACACGCUACAUCACCCGAAGGCGGCAGCAUCUAGCAGCACCACUGCCAGGUCCCCAUCCGGACCUACGCAACCUUCGUUUUCUACCUCCAACGUUGGGAGACCGUGGCGUUCGCACCUUUUUGGAGUACCAAGUUCCUCCACUCAGCAUGGAUCACGACCUGUAGGAGCUGUCAAAGGUGAUGGAGCAAGGGAAACGACCUCACUACCACUAUCUCCGACGCAUCCGAUACCGCCACAAAAGCAGCUGCUACUCUCGCAACAGCAGCCGCAGCGCAAGCCGUCCAGAGAUCGUAGCAGUACUCGUGUUACAGCCGGGGCGGCGGCGUCGACGGCUACUGCACCACCCUCUCAGGAGAGACGAGUUGUCACUGCUGUAACGCGAAAGCCACAGCAAACCAAACAGCAGCAGCAACCGCAACAGCAAGAGAUUCGAACCACCAAAUCCUCCAGACUUCGUGCCGCUGCUUUAGACAUGGAUCGAUUUUCGUCUAGUAUCACAAAAGCUUCAAACGCGAUUAGCAGAGACACCAACCAAAGCGUUCGUCAUCAACGCUUGAAGGCGCCAUCUGCUGAUAUCACCAGUGUUGGUGGUGGCAAUGCCAGGAGACAACUUACACCCAGCCGUAGCGGUAGCAAUAGCAACGUGAGCGGAAGUAGCACGGCAAGCCGAUUAUCUCCGAAUAUCUCUGUCGCGAGCAGCAAUUCUAGCACGGGGAACUUAACGUCGUCGUUGAAUGGCGGAAAUCGGCUGAGACGUUGCGUCGAUUGCAAGAAGACGACAGACACAGGCGUCGCGACCAAGAAGACGACAGACCCAGGCUCGAAGGCACGACUCGUUCCGACGAUUGCCGUCAACAUGAAACAGCGCCUGAAGAAAACGACUGAAACUAUUAAGACUAGUGAUGUUCAUCGUAAUAGUAGUAGCACUAGGACUGUUAAAACUACGUCAUCCACCAGUAAUGGUGGCGGCGGAAAGACUGUGAUAAACGGGAAAACCAACGGUUCGACGUCAGGCAACAAACCCGCAAAUAUAACUAUUAACAACAACAGUUUAGUUGCAACGACCGAUCAGAAACAAUCGGAACCGGCGGCGAAUCGUCGCGGAUUUGCCGGCGAAUCUCUGAAAGCAUUCAAUUCUCCCAUCACAACGAGCAACAGCACCACUCCUCGUAUGAGAACAUCAACUAUGAAAUCGAGUAUGAAGCGUCCCGUGCUUGGCGCGAUUGAACUGGCCGCGUCCUUCCCAAAAGAUAUCAAUGAGUUGAGCCCGGUGAAGAGCAGCACCGCCAGCAGAGUCGCUGCCAAAUCGGACGAGAGAGAUAAGUCUGCGAAACGUAAAUCAAAUCUGAACCGAUCACAACACGAGGAAUCUACAGAGAAACGAACCCCAUCAUCGACCGAAGCUCGCCGGAAUCAAGUCAGGCCGGGAAGCGUGGCGACACUGACCAGCCCUGAACCACCGGGCAAGCCAAGGCAGUCUCGCAGCACACUCGGAGGAGGAGCUGAGAGGAGCAUCGGACUGAAAUCCCCCGCAGCAACAACGAGGCAACAACAAUCUCCGGCGAAGUUUGUCAGUUCCGUCACUUCUUCGGCGCCAUCCACGCCAGGAUCAUCGCCCCGGUCGAAACCCAUCUCCCCGAGCUGGCAUCUGCUCAACAGCAGCCUGAAGCUUCCCUUGUCCACCACCACCACUUCACUUUCGACCCCAUCAACCCCAUCGAAAUCGAAAUCCCCGAUGACGGGCAGUAAAAUGUUUUCUCCGGUCUCCGGUAGGUUGCUGCCAAUCUUCCGAAAAAGCCCACCAGACCUGCUAUACUCAUCCCGCUCGAGAUCCACGGUGCCGAACACUGGAGGCGCCCCGGCGAAUCGUCCAAGUAGUGAAGGCGGCAGCAGCAGCAGCAGCAGCAGUGGUGGCAAUCAUUUGAACGUUACAUUAGAUAGCAGAAUUUCCGAUAGCAGUGAGCGGGAGGCAACCGCAGCCCAACCCGACUCGCCAUUGGUUCAACAAUAUUCUAAAUUUAGUCAACUGCUGAAAUCACCUACCCUGGAGAAGUACGAAGUUAGCGGGUCGCCGCUUCGCCGAGGACUAGGUGAUGAGCUAGACGUGCUGGAAGAACAGGAAGUGCUAUCGGAUGAGCAAACGCAACAACAGCAACAGCAACUUGAUGAAUUGGUGCCUUUGGAUGUUGAGCAGAAGUUGCCUGAACACCGCCGCAGUGAAGAUGAAACUGAGGAGAGCGCAUCCGCUAGUGUCAUUGUGAUUGAGGAUGAUGUGUCCGUGUUGGAUUUGGAUCUUGCUGAAGCGGGUCCAUCUGGACUGUGUUCGAGUGUGAUCGAUGAUGAUGAUGAUGACGAUGGGGAAGAAGUGGAGCUAUGUUCCAAUCGCCUGCUUGGGGACACGAGAAGAAGCCGUUCGUCCUCACCCCGACCGGCCAAUCGAAUUUUGUUCGCCGAUAAGUUUGACGACGAGUUUGUAGUGAUUGAGAACAGCCCGAAGAGUCAUUUUAUACAAUCGCUUGAUGAGACUGAAAUAAUUGUGAUUGGGGACAACGACGAGGACUACCCACCGAGACCGGCGAGCAGUAACAGCAACACUGGAACGGGACCGUACGAGAAGAAGCUUGUCAAGAUGAGCUCUGUCGAGCAUUUCGAGAGUUUACAUCAGCGCAAGAGCUGUUCACCGCAGCGCAAGAAGAAUCUCUCGCCAAUCAUGAGGGCCAAGAGCAUGGAGGAAAGUCAUUUGGCUUCAAGCGGGUCCCCAGCUUCCAACCAUAUCGUAUCCAUUUUAAAACGCAAAACCGUAGAAUCCAAUAGCUCUGCUUCCAGCAACGCCUCGCCGGUAACGUUUUCUCCAAGCGUUGUAGACACUCCCGUCCGUUCCACCCGUAAACAGGGUAUCCUUAAGAAACGAUGCUCGCUAGACGAAAGCCGAUACAGCCGAAGCCACUCCCCGGACGAUCGUAGUAUACUAGUGAAACACACCCGCCGCAACAGUUUCGAAGAUGGCACUCAGCAUGGAAUACUGAAGCAGAAGAGCUACGAAUCGAAGGAGGAUGUGUGCACUACUAGCGGUAGCACAUCCGCCGUGAACAGUAUAGUCUCGCAUGGAAUCCUCAAGAAGAAAACCGAUAGCUCCUCCACAUCCACUCCGAACGAGCAAACCAAACACGUAUCCAUCUCCCAGGCCGUCAUCCUAGCGGCGGCGGAAAUCUGCCAAGAUAUGCUCCUCGACAGUGAACACGACCACGAAAUACGGCCCAUCCUCAAAUCCGACUCGCAGCCGCUGCCAACGCCGAAGCCGAUCCUCAAGAAGAAAUACUCUUCGGAGUCGGAAGAAAUUCGACCGAUACUGAAAAGUUCCCGCAAGAGUAGUCGCGAGGAGAACUCCGACUCGGAAGAGCUGAAACGAUCCAUCCUCAAGACGGAUUCGCCCGCCAAACGUCGAUCCUUCGGCGAUCGGGACCUGUCGGAGUCCAAUAUCGUACUCAUCAGGAGCCGUUCGCUCGAGCAUCCGGAACCGGUGGCCAGAGCACCCGUCACCCCACAAGUGCCAAGCAUCGAGAAACCAAUCAUAUCCGUGGCGGAGCGUAUCAAGACCAUGGAGAAGUACUUGGCUGGUGAUCCAUCCAGUAGUUCCGGGGCAAGUUCCGGCGCGGUCCCGAAGAGGACUGGUGCCAGCUCGCGUCGGGAAUCGUACCGAUUCAAGACGCAGCCGGUGACGUCCGAGGAGAUUAGCGGCGCACAGCAGCAGCUUGACCGAUCGAUUGAGAAUCCAGAAGAGUCCGCGUCGAGUCUCGAGUCCAGCUGCAAUCAGGAUCAGUCGGAGGAAGCCUGCUCGCUAUCCGAAUCGGGACCUUGUCCUCGCGGGUCUCUUGAAUCGCUAAUCAGUAAGGAGAAACAAGCCUCAGAGGAUAAGGGUUUGGAACUGUUGUCCCCGACCUUAGCCACAGCGGAAUCCAACUCGCACUCGAUCAGCGGGGACUUCAACCUUGCAUCAUUGAGCUCCGAUAGUGGCGUUCAGUUCGGUCGUGGUACCGAGGACGCGUCCGGUGCUGAUUAUGUGUCAUCGGUGAAGACCAGUGAUAGUGACAAAUCCCCCUCGAAGAAAACUAUCGACGACGAUUUGAACGAACUCGAGGAGGAAGACGACGAAGAACACCUGCAAAUAAUCGAAGAGAGUGAAGGUCUGAAACGGGUUCUGCUGAGCCCAUCCACCGAUCCGGAUCUUUCGGCUAGUUUCGGCCGGAGACGUACGACCAGGGACUCCUCAUCCAGUUAUUCCGGGAGCAGUUCCAGUGAAUUAAGUGAUCGGGAAAGUGAUAACAUGUACUCGGCCACAGCCAGUGUGAGUCACCACCAUUCGGAGGACCAUUUGCACAGUGGCGCCGGAAGUGGUGCGGAUGACGACUCUUCCGGAUUGCAUCGUUCGAACAGUGUCAGAGCGCGAGCAAACAUGUUCCAACAGAUGGAGAGUCGGAUGAAGGAGAACGAAAGCCCAGUGCUUUCCCGGGCACGACGAGUGAUGCCAACAACGCAGUUCAACACACAAACAAUCUCACCAACGGACAUCGAUCGCGGAUAUCACCCCACGAUGGGCGGCAGUAGCAAUCUCAUUGGCCCUAUCAACACUAACCUCAACAACAACAAUAGCAACCUAUCAGACGAUUCAGACAACAAGUUUGAUCCGACGACACUGCAGGUAUCGAAGAAGAUCAAGCUAUUUUCCGGUGGCGAAGAUGAGAAUGGGUACCACCGUGGUGGAGCUGCGACCACCGUUGUUACAGCUGCUGCUCCCGCCACAACGCCUACCGGAGUGAAGUCACUGAAGAAACGAUCGACGAUCAAGUUCCGAACCGUGGGGAAACUGGUCAUGCCAAAGUUCCUCAACGAUAACAACAACAACAUCUCGAAUGCGACCUCCCCGCUGGGACUGAACGGGUUCGACCCGAUCGGGAUGGUGGAGGAGAAGCUGGAAGCGAUGGCCGACGUGCUGCUGGUGGUUGAUGGUGGUGGUGGCCAGCAGCAGUUCUUAUCGCUGAAGGUGGACCGAAUUCGGAGGAAGUUUAUGGGCGAUUCGUCGCCGCCAACUAUCUGCGAGCAACAGGGUGCCACAGAAAAAGAGGAAGGAAGCGAAGAUUCCAACGUGGAGUCUGGAAAGGAGAACGACAGUGGCGGGGAGAAUGGACUUCAAACGAGCUGCGGAAUAGUGGCUUUGAAGAGAAAUCUCCUGAACGGUAAUCGAUCCCAUAACAAGAGUAUUCUACUGAACUCCUCAGCUGAGCUGGAGGAUGUUGUGAUCAAAGGCAAAGUCUCCACGAUAGCGAAACAGUGGAACAGACUACGGACGGAGUCUGUGGAAUCUGCCACCAAGAGAAGCCCUCUAAACAGCGACGUUCUUUCCCCGGUAAACAAUAGCUGUAAUACGAUGGGAGAACGAGACUGUGAAAGUCUUCCGCUCGAAAUAGGCAACGAUCAGUUGUAUGCCGUUAACUCCACCCUGGUGGAGAGAAGCCCCUUCAGCAUGAACAAAUUCAAAAAGCGAAAUUAUUCGCCCCAGAUAGACGAUCGUUUUGCAAAAUACUUUGGAGUGAAGGACGGAGAAGAUACAACGGCGCAUUCUCCGUCUUUUCCACUGACGCCAAUCAGACCAGUCGAUAUGGAGGCCAAGUUUAGGCGCCGAUCUCGUUCGAUGCCUCGUGCGGAUCGUCCGGUUAUAUCAAAGAGGCCGCAGCAGCAGCAGUUGACGCCAGUUGACGAACGAAUUGCAAAAUACUUUGGCGUUGCGAAGCCGGCCGCAAGCAAACCACAGGCUGUCGUUAAACCUCAGCUGCGCGUUGUUCAGCCCGAACGGAGCGAGGAUAAUUUAUACCCUGUCCCCCUGAUGAAGGAUGGCCUACCGAGCAAGGGAAGACGACGAUCACGGUCGGUACCGCUGUCGGAUUACUUUGACCAGCUCAGCGAGAUGUCCGGGAAGGCACACGCCAGCUUCUGUUUGCCCAAUGCUGUACUGAAGCCAUUGAAGAAUUUCGACGAGCUUGACAUAACCGAGGAGGAUCUCUCGAUGGCGGACACCGAGUUCAAUAAGCUUUACCUAGAACACGAAACCAGCAGCCCCCGCAAGCCCCCCUUUGCUUAUUUGCCACCUGCCGCCGCCCAGCAGCCCCUUCCGUUCGUGUCCGAGCUGAAGAAGGGCAUCCUCAAAUCCAAGUCCGGCUGUGUUGGUCUGUUCCCGGCGGAUCUCAAUUCCGAGCUGAAGUCCCGGCUGAAAAAGUCCACCCAUUCGUCGGUUAGCAACCUGAAGAAAUCGACAACAGUUUCGAACAUCGACUAUGACGCCACCGGUGGCGAUGGCGGAUCGUCGUCCGAGUCCGAUGAGGACGCCGGUGUCGCGCCCGGAAUGAACCUCGCGAAAAUGCUCCGCAACGUAUCGAACACCGCGUCCGCGUCCGCCAGCAGCGGUUAUGUUCCCCCCGGGGGGGUCGCGCUUUUCCCGCCGGCUUCGCAGCCGUUUGCCGUGUUGCCACCGGUCAAAAAAAGUGAUUACGCCGCGAGUGGUACAACCAGUGAUGGGGAACAUUCCGCCAGCACGCGUGGAAACAUGGACUCGAUCCUGAAGAACCCAGCCGUGGCGCGACGACGGCGACAGAAUGAAAGCCACAAACAGCAACUGGUGAAGAGCAAGAGCCAAUCGGAGCUUGCCACCUUCGUUCCUGCGUCCGUUAUUGUCUAUCACAACACGGCAAAAUCAUUCGGCGACCAUCCCGCAGUUGGUGGUGGCGGUGGUAUCGGUGGUAUCGGUGGUAGCCCACGCGGAAAUGAUCCACUAGAUUUCGGCGGUCCCAAUGACCAGAGGAAUCUAGUUGCUGCCUGCUUGCGUAACCAGUCGGAACAACAGCUGCAGCAGCCCUAUCCGCCCUAUCCAGGAUUUGGUGGUUUACGGCGCUGCCUAACAGAGGAAAUGCGUCCCGAUCAGGAAUCGAUGGUCAAGAGCGUCUCGAUCGCCGAACGGCUCGCGGCGCUUCAGAAAAGUGGCGAGGAUGACUGGAGGAAGCGCAUCUCCAAGAAGGAUGUCACCGACGAUGUGCGCCGGGAGAAUCUGGUGAAUAAUGCCAUCCUUGUUGCCAAAUCACUCGAGAGUCCAGUGAAGAACAGCACCCCGCGCCCGUUCAGCCGGCCAGCGGACGUCGAAGGCGGCAAUAUUUCCGACCGGCUCGGAAAGAUCAAAACAUCGUCUGAGAAUUGGAAGAAUCGUGUCGAACUCUCGGAUGCCACCAACUUUACGGUGGCAGGCCGGAUGGCCACCACCACAUCGCCAGAGUUGCCGUUCAUCAAAUCCGACACGAAGCAGUCGCCACCGAUGAGCGUGUUCCGCAGUGUAAACCCGCCUCAGCUGGGCCUCGCCAAGAGUCCGUCGAUGAUGGUGUCUUCGGUGACCACUUCGUCGACGGUUUUCGCUCCCAGUGCCGCUCAGAACGGACCAUCGCCACCGGGUGCCGUCGGUCCGCUGCACCACCUAUCUAGUCACCACAGCCAACAACAACAUAAUCAUAAUCAGCGAGGAGCGGACAGCCUGAUGAAGCGUAGCAUUAGUGUGCCCGGGGUGCCUACGGGCGCCUCCGGGGACAUCCGGGGGGAUCUCAAGUUCCACGCUGCUGGCGGUUCGAAGGUUUCCAUUCCAAAGCUGGACGACGAAAGCUUUGGAAACUUUUUCACCAAAGUCGAGAAAACCGUAUCAGCUACUACCACGUUUACUAGUGGUGCGAUGAACAGCAGCAGCCGCAGUAUCAACGUCUCCAACAUCGGUAGCAGCUCGGCCGCGGAGGUCGUCAUCGGAGAUUUCGACACGCUCAAGAUGAACAGCCAGCAGCGUUUGACGCAGAAGAAGGUUGUCCAGGGACCGAAACGUCGCGGAGCCAUGUCGAAGAACCCACUGAAAAAAUUGGCCGCCCGGGACGAUCUACAGACCGAGUACACCGAAAUCAAAACAGGUAUCGCCGAUAAAGAGUUGAAAAGACUCAAACUAGAAUCAAUUGCCAAAACCAGCAAUCUAGCCGUGGAAGCUCUCGCCGGCUUAGCUUCCGUGGAGGACUUCAAAUCGGUGUCACUCAAAUCGAGCAGCCUCCCGCUGAACCAAAGCUUCGUUCCGUACAAACCGUUGAUGCUGCUGCACGUGAAAGGUCGACGUCACGUUCAAACACGGUUGGUUCAGGCAACGGCGCGGUCCAUCAAUCGGGGGGACUGUUUCGUGUUGGUAACGUCGGAGCGGGUGUUUGCGUUCAUCGGUCAGCUCGCGAACGUGAUCGAGCGCUCGCGGGCCAAGGAGAUUUGCGACGUUAUCGUGCGGGACAAAGAUUUGGGAUGCAGCGCUGCCAGCGUGACAGUUAUCAAUGACGGCAAGAUCGGUGGCGAGCGGCAGCUGAGGGAGUUCUGGAAGUUAUUGGGGCGCGAACAAGAAGACGAAGGGACCGGAGUUUGUGAGGCUGGCCAUGCCGACGAGGAUGAGCUGAUCGAGAAUUGUUUGACCGAGACGAUUAAAGUGUACGAGUUUGAAGAUGAGUCCUUGGUUCCCCUCGAGGAUUACUGGGGAGCUGCGCCAAAGAUAGCCAUGUUGGAUCCCAAGAAGAUUCUAGUUUUAGAUUUUGGAAGCGAGCUGUACGUGUGGAAUGGGAAGAAUGCUACCAGCGAGGCGAAAAGGGCAGCGCUUCGGUUGGCCCAGGAAAUGUACAUGCAGGAAUAUAGUUACGAGAUGUGCCAACUGAAUCCGGUGAAUUUCUCGGAAGUGUCUGGUGACAGACGAAGAGACGUGCGGCGGGUAUCGAAGACCGGUUCGGUACGUCCCGAAUGGUGUUUGAUUGCGAAGGUUACCCAGCACAUGGAGACGAUACUGUUUCGACAGAAAUUCAUCGACUGGCCGGAUAUAACCGUGCAACCGAAGGAUGAUGGUUAUCAGCUGGGAGACGUUUCCAAUUUGGAUAUCAAAGCCGUUGAUGGAGAACAGCUGUUCAAAGGGGAACCUUAUGCGGAGCCUAAUUUGGUGCUUGAAAAUACCAAUCUGGGACGAGGCAACUUUUUCUACGACACUAAUUCGAUGCGCCAUUUCGAUAUCCUUACGAUCUCGGUGACCCAGUGGGAAAUUGACGAGUACGAGUACAAGGAGAUCCAAGGUUCUUCCUGUGGACAUUUUUAUUCCGAUGAAAGUUACACCGUUCGUUGGAUGUAUCAGGUGAGUGUAACCGUUAGGGAGCUGAGCGGAAAGGUGUCUAAUCGAAGCACAGUGGUCGGACGGGAUCGUUGCGCCUACUUCUGUUGGCACGGCAAAGAUGCACCAGCUAAUGAGAGAGGCGCCGCUGCCCUGUUGACGGUUGAGUUGGAUAAAGAGAAAGGUGCUCAGGUGCGUGUCGCUCAGGGACAAGAAUCUUCCGCGUUCAUUCGGCUGUUCAAGAUAAUGUUCAUCCACAAAAGCAAAAAUACCCCUCGCAAUGCGUGGCGGUUGUAUAUCAUCACCGGAAACUGUCCGGAGGAAACGGUUUGCACUGAAGCAACCUGUAAUGCUCGACAGCUUCGCUCACGCGCCUCCAUGUUAUUGAUCCAUGGCGAGAAGGGUCGCGCUAUCUUGUGGAACGGUUGCAAGGCGCUUGCUCAUACUAGAGAAGUUGGCCAGAACGUGUUGAACGCAAUCAUCCAGAACAACUACAGCGAACUUUUCGACGAGACCCUUGCAGCUAUCAGCUCAACCGUGCUUGAAGAAGGCCAGGAAACGCAUGAAUUUUUCGAAGCCGUCGAUGGAAGCAGAACUCGUCACCAAUAUCACUCGCUGUUUGGCUCCCGCCAAGAUUUCAACUUCACACCGCGAAUUUUCAAUCUGACCAGUAUCAACAACGGAAACUUUGAAGCCAUCGAGCUGCAGUACAAUCUGCGUUGCAAGGAUUUGGUUUCGCCAUAUCCGUUCCGACAGGAUGAUUUGUACAACGCUCGGCAGCCGACGAUAUUCAUGAUUGACAAUGGGCACGUGCUGUGGCUGUGGCAGGGGUGGUGGCCGGUAGAAGACGGUGCGGGCAGCGACAGCGGAAGCAGUAGUGGCAGCGACAAUCACAGCAGCUUCGAUAGCAACCGUUCCGGCGAGAAUCGCUGGCAAACGGAGCGAAGGGUGGCGAUGGAAACAGCCGUAGCUUACUGGAAGGCGAAACAGAAGAGGGCACUCGCUGCCAAACAGCGGUCGAAACAACCGAUGAAAAUCUGUAAUGGUAACGAGAACGGCAGCACUACUGCUAUUAUAACACAACGCGAGCGGCACCCGGAUGAGAACGGUAACGGAGGCCUGGAUGAGGUGGACAACGAUCGGGAAACAUUUAAAAACACUGCCAAAAAUGGCACUUCCACUGCCAGCGAUGUAAACGACGAUGUCAACGAUGUCUGUGAUACUACAAAUGAUGAUGCGGCGUCGGUGAUUGCCGAUGCGAAUGGGGCGAAUGAGAAUGAGGGGGAAGCACAGCAGCAAGCAAGCCAUUUGGAGGAAAUUAAUGGAUAUGUGGUUUGGGCUGGACUGGAACCACUGGAAUUUAUCGCCAUGUUUCCCGACUGGGAGCAGCGAGACGACGUUGCAGAAAUUAAUGUACAGGAUGGCCGUAAAUCCGCCCCGCAGCCAAUCGCCAGCAGUCUCUCGCUUCUGUCACGCAAGGAGUACCCACUGGCGGUGCUGCUGGAGCGGCCCCUCCCCGAAGGGGUCGACCCGACAAAGCUGGAGCUGUACCUCCACGAGCAGGACUACUUGGAGGCCCUCGGGCUGUUGAAGGCCGAGUUCGAUCAGCUGCCCGCAUGGAAGCAAUCCAAGCUGAAAAAGGAGCGUGGCUUGUUUUAGAUAAAAAGAAAACAACAAAAUCAAUAUUACGCUAAAAUAGUUUACCAUAAUGAAAGGAACAGAUGCACACUCUGAUGUUGUCCUUAUUUUUAAUACCCCCCCAUCUGUUUUUUUUUGUUUUACCUGUGUAUGUUUUUGUUCUGUCUCCGAGGUGGUGUUAUCUUUGCCCUCGUUAGGAAAGACGGAAACAAUGCUAUAUUUUUUGUUAGGGGGUUUCUCUCAAAUUUUAUGUUGUAGUUACUUUGUUUUUUUCGCUAUACUUAUGUUUCCCUAUUUUUGUUUUAGAAACGAGCGCUCAUGUGAUUUGCUACUUUGAUGUUGUGCUAGUGUUUUAAGUCAUUCUAUAUGUGUCAAAUAUCAUUCUUUCGCUCGUCCCAAAAGUGUGCUGUAUAAAGAGAAACCCAUUAUUCGAUUUAUUAACAGAGAAUUGCGUACAAUAAAAAAGAACAAACAAACAUAAUCAUAUCCAAAAGUAAAGAUUUCUCUUUUUAACUUAGAUUUCAGCUGCUCUAUUUUAUCCUAUUUUCUAUGCUAACGCAAAAAGUCUUUGGCUGAGUCGUAGACAAAAAAAAAUCGGCACUUUGUAAAAACCACACAAUCGAGAGCUUGCUUUAUUUAACUUCUAGAACUGUAUCACUGUAUUGUGUACGAUUUCAAAGCUCUAGAAAAACUCAACUAACGAGUAAAAACAUAUUCUUUCGCCAUAAAAAAAAACAUUUUGUAAAAAUUGUAAUAUGAUUGUUCUUAGUAUCGUAACUUAUAUAUUAUUAGUCUAUACAGGUUAGUGUUGUUGCUUUCGUUUUUAUUUUGUUUUGUUACUGUGCCGCUGCUCCGCCCCUCCUAUCCUGUGUAGCGAAUAUUGUUUUUAACUUAUUCUCGUCGCUUCUUUCUCAUUUGCAGUGAUAGUGUUUUAAGGUCAAGACUAUUAUUUGUAGUUUGUAAGCUUUUAAAUGGAAAAAUAGUCAAGCAGAGAGCGAUUUGUAGAAACAGGUACAGAGGGAGAAGCGUGUACUUAAGAAUUUAAGAAAGAACAACACAUACACACAAAAAAACAGAACUGAUAUUGGAUUGUGCUCCCCGCGAGAUACCCGAUUUUGGAGAAAAUAUUUUGUAAAUCUGUAUGCUAUUUGUGGAGGAAGAUAAUAGCAGAAGUUGAAGAGAAAAGCUCACGGAAGCUACCGGUCUGUCAGUAAUAUUGAAACACGUAAACUAAUUAUAUCUACGAUAUAAUCCCCUACCCCAAUGGGUCCCUAACGAUUCACGCGUUAGGGUCAUAAUUAUGGCAGAGUGCAGAAAACAGAACCGCAUACGAGAUCAUACAAUCACACAAUUAUUACGCAGAACCAUAUACACCUUUUUCUAGAAUAAAACAAAAUAAAACGACGAAAACAGACCCGCGAAUUGCAAACACACAAGCCUGCAUUGGUUUGUGAUCGAUCGACACUCAUAGUCAACAAUUAUCUUUAAUCCAUAUAGUCAAGGCUGAACAGAGAGAAGUGCGAUGUCAAUAGAUUAGAAAUCAUUCACAGCAGAAGUCUGCAGAUUGCUUUUUUUUUGCGCGGAAAACGAUAAUCGAACACACGGUGUUUAAGUGUUUACGAAUGAUCAGCUUUUCAGACACGGAACCAACGCGAAUAAGUUGAUUCGCUUUUAUUUUGGUAUCAUUCAUAAAUCAAAGCAAAUCACAAUUGGAUAAUAUUUAGCCGAACAGGAUCACGCAAGCACUCUCACACGUCCACUUAUCUGUUGCUUACUAUUACAUGGGCAUGAAAUUCGGUUUGGAGAGUAAACCAUGAUGAUGAUAAAUGCGAAAGCCGAAAGGGACAGUAUGUGAAUAUAAAAAAAAAUUGAAAAACUUUUUACCAAUAAACUAAGAAUAUGAGUG